AUCAUCAUCAUCAUCAUCCUGUGGAAGUCCCUCCCACAGUGCACCGCGCGCUCUUUCCCUCAGCUGCAGUGAUGGAGGAGGCGGGCAGCUCUGCGCCGCUCUGUGCGCCUGCGAACGGAGAGGCAGACGCUGAGAAGAAGAAGAAGAGAAAGAAGAAGAAGAGCAAAACAGCUUCUGCAGGACAAGCUGAACUGGGCGAGGAAUGCGAAGUAGAUUUGAGGAAGCCACUGGAGCAGCAGAGCCUGGAGGAGAGAGAGAGGGAGGAGGAUGCAGAAGAAGAUGGAGAAGAGGGAGAGAUCUCUGCUGGGAAGAAGAAGAAGAAAAAGGCCAAGAAAAAGAGAGGCCCUAAAAUACAGACUGAUCCUCCAUCUGUGCCCAUCUGUGAGCUUUAUCCCAAUGGAGUGUUUCCUGUCGGACAGGAGUGUGAAUAUCCUCCGUCGCAGGAUGGACGGAGUGCAGCGUGGCGGAUGAGCAGUGAGGAGAAGCGUGUUCUGGAUAAAGCCAGCGAAGAAGUGUGGAAUGAUUAUCGUCAGGCUGCUGAGGCGCAUCGGCAGGUGCGGCAGUAUGUCAGAAGCUGGAUCAAACCAGGCCUGAGCAUGAUUGAGAUCUGUGAGUGUUUGGAGGAAUGCAGUAGGAGACUGAUUAAGGAGAAUGGGCUGAAUGCAGGCUUGGCCUUCCCCACUGGCUGCUCUCUCAAUAACUGUGCUGCGCAUUACACCCCCAAUGCUGGAGACCCCACCGUGCUGCAGUACGACGAUGUGUGCAAGAUUGACUUUGGCACACACAUUAAUGGGAGGAUUAUUGACUGUGCCUUCACCGUCACCUUUAACCCAAAGUAUGACCGUUUGCUGGAAGCUGUAAGAGACGCCACCAACACUGGAAUCAAGUGUGCAGGGAUAGAUGUACGUCUCUGUGACAUUGGAGAAUCAAUACAGGAAGUGAUGGAGUCAUAUGAAGUGGAGAUAGAUGGGAAAACAUACCAAGUUAAACCAAUCCGCAAUCUGAAUGGCCAUUCCAUUGGUCAGUACCGGAUACAUGCUGGCAAAACAGUGCCCAUUGUAAAGGGUGGCGAGGCCACUAGGAUGGAGGAGGGUGAGGCAUACGCCAUUGAGACGUUUGGCAGCACAGGGAAGGGAGUGGUACAUGACGACAUGGACUGUUCACAUUACAUGAAGAACUUUGAUGUAGGACAUGUACCAAUCAGGCUGCCGAGAGCUAAGCACCUGCUGAAUGUGGUGAAUGAGAAUUUUGAUACGCUGGCGUUUUGCCGCCGCUGGCUGGACCGGCUCGGGGAGAGUAAGUACCUGAUGGCUCUGAAGAACCUGUGCGACUUGGGCAUCAUCGACCCCUACCCGCCACUCUGCGACGCCAAGGGCUCCUACACCGCACAGUAUGAACACACCAUCCUACUCAGGCCCACCUGCAAAGAGGUAGUGAGCCGAGGAGACGACUACUGAGGCACGCAGUGCGGUAUUUUCUAUAGCAGGAUUUUUUAGCUAGCCGGAUUUCUGAAGCCAAAGACAAGCCUUUUCAAGAAGAGAAGAGCUACAAGACAAUCGUGUGGACAGUGCUUGUUUAUGACUCCAGUUAUCCAGUUGAACUAAGAAAUCCUGCUUUGUAAAAUACCCCCAAGGUUUCCCACACACAAAUUGUGCUGUAAAAACAAUGUGAAAAAUGAGAAUCACACUCCAAAUGAGUGUACACAAUGCCUGUCAACAGUUUGGGGACACCUAGCUUUUAACCCCUUAAAUCCUGAGUCCAUGUGUAGGGCCCAUGCAUUAUUUCCUCAUUUGCAUAACUGUAUAACUUGCAUAAUGGUUUCAUAGUAAUUAAAAAAUAAUGUAAAGCAUUUAUUGAACAAUAAGUCUGAAUAACAAGGAGUUCAAAUGUUUAAUUUGUUAGUUUGCAAUAACUUUACAUAUUAAAGGUGAUUCAAGUUUAUUUACAGAAAACAAUGUCAUGUGUAAAUAUUAGUAAUUAUGACUGUUACCUUGGGAAUAGUCUACCCAUGCUAUCCUCUUGUUGUGAUGUCAGCACUCAUUAGCACACCAAACAUUCAGGUGUUGAACAUAUUUGGGUUGAAUCUUUGUGCUUCUAACUAUAUUUUGGAAACAAAAAACGUUAGUUAUUAUUUAUAUAAAAUCUGCUCUUGAUACUGAGGAAGACACUUUGAUGAACAUUAAGCUGAACAUCAAAGCUUAUUAUACAUAAAGGAUUAGCACAUACAGUUAUACAGGGAGAUUUGCUCGAAAAAGGCCCCAAAUAUUCUCUUGUGACUCCAGUAAGGAAGAAGCAAUCUGGACCAAAAAAAUACACUUCAUACCUUGAUGUAUGUGUAAUCGAUUGUAUUACAUGCGAUGCUGGAGUGACUCUCCCUGUAUUAGAUGUAACUUAUAUUCACUUUUGCGUAUGACUGUAGCUGCUUUAUGGUAACAAAACAUUUGCAUUUUUUUUCUUAUUGAUUUAAAUGUAAUAGCAAGAAAUUUUCAAAAAGAUGUAAAGUGUCCCCAAACUAUUACAGGUAGUGUACAGACGCAAAAAGAAAGUACAAACCAACUUAAAACCAGCUGGUUACUCAGCAGAGAGCACUGGACCCUGCUGUACUGUUCCACAGUAACGCUCCAUGCUUCUGCAAUUUUCUGCAUGAAAGCUGUUUGAACACUUUAACUAUGCAGGAGGAUAGGCUAACUUCUCUAGCUGCUGUCCUGGGCCUGAUUUCUCCACAUAUGCUGUAGCAUGGGAAACACUCUGAGCACUCCAUUACAAAUAGGUUCAUUUUAAAGGAACAUUCCAAAGUCUUCAACUUAAUUUUUAAUGAUAAAAAGGAUGCAGUUUUCAAUGAAGUAGAACCUUAAAACCAAGUCCGACACCUCGAGUAGUAAUGAUGAUGAAUUUAUCCUUUUUCUACGAAGCUCUGCAACUAAAGGCACACAUUGGAAACGCCUCAUUCUAUGGAAAAACAACAGGGGGGAUUUCACCACCUUAUUCAAGCUAAUAUGCUUAUUGCAGCUGUAUAAUGAGUGACUCCAAAGGUUUUUUUUGUCUUUCUGUGAGGGAGUUUGAGACUCUGCUUCUGCUCAUAGCUCUUCAAUUUAAACUUCAUUUGUGCUCUGCCACAAGCAGAAACGAGUUGUUAUCCAUCUUGCUGCACAUUGGUUUGGCACAUUGGCGCGUUGGUCAGCCUAAUUUUUACAUAUCUGUAAUAUGCAGGAAAUCGAUCUGGCUCUGAUUAAAACUUACAAAGCAGUGUUGUACAUCAGUUCGGAAAGAUGGCAAUAACAUGCAGGUGUCCAUUUUCAUGUCCAUUAAAAUCUUGGUGCAAAUACACCUUUAUACCAUCAGUUAUCACAUAAUAACUAACCUAUAACGGAAGGCAGUGGGUAGCUGCUGAAUUCCAUCAGUAAGUGUUAAUGGCAAACACAUUUUUGUGUAGAAUACUUUACUGAAAUUCUUUAUUCAUUCAGCAAUUUGUAAAUUAAGAUGUUUCAAGAUGUAUUUCUGUGUGGUUCAUUCUUUCAGGAAUGGGACUAGAUGUCUAGGUGGUAGAAUGUGUGGUUAUGUAUUACCAGUGUAGUGGUGUGGGUGUAGUUUUGACAGAUUCUACCUGUGCAACAUAGAUACCAGCAAACUUUGAGAGGAAAGCAAAAGUAACCGGAAUUCCUCUUUUAAUUGCAUUGCUCCAUUGGUCAAGAGUCAGAUCAGUUUUUGUACAGUUUGGUGCGUCAUUCUGUCAUAUCUGUUUGAUCCAAAGAUCUGUAACAGUGUAAAGGUUGUAGUUUUGUGUUCUCAUACACACACACACACACACACACACACACACACACACACACACACACACAUUUUCCAAACCGCCUAUCAUUCUGGGUCAUGGGGGUGCUGGAACCCCUCCCAAUGGUCAUUGGGAGGAAGGCAGGAUACACCCUGGACAGGUGAAUUUGUGUUCUCUAGUUACAAAAGUUAUGUUUUUUUUUUCUUCUUCAUGGAAUUCAGCCACUGCCCAUUGGCUCCUAUUAUAAAUGUGUUCUAAGACAGUAGAUUUUCUGUCAAGCACAGGGAAACACAUCAAUUAUUUUCCAUGGUAAUCCACAGAAUUAAACACAUGCAACAGAUAGAUUUCAUGUUGAAAGAUUCUGGAAUAUUCCUUUAACAAUGCUAUAGCAAACCAGAGAACCCAGGCCCCACUUAGUUCUCUCUCUUUUUACCUGAAUAAUAAAACAAAAAACAAAAGCUUGUAGUCAGCGGCUCUCAGUCCCGGUGAACAACCUCCCUUUUGCAUUUCCCCUGCUCUAACAUACCUGACUCACCUUCUGAAGGGCUUGACAGUUACUUGAUUCAGUGGAUCAGGUGUGUUACAACAGAGAAACUGUAAAAAGACUGCGAUUGAGAACCAUUGCUGGUGUUCAUUUCUACUCUGUGCCUAGCAAAGGGGAAUUAUAUAAAUCAUUUUUAAAAAGUAAGAGUAUGGCUGCUUAACUUCACAUAGCAUGAGGACAUCUGCAAACAUAAAAAUACCAAAAAUGAUAUGCACUGCUUCUGAAAUGCAUUGUAUUUUGAUAAUAGGAUCUCUGAAACAGAUGCUUGUAGCAUCCAUUAAUUCAUUUUAAACUUUGUAAAAUAAAAAUAAAAAUGAAUUAAAUCCCUAUUGGCAUUUACUAGCUCUGUGCAUGCUUUCAUCGUUUUCUCCUUUGGCAGUCAAGUAUGUCAUAGUGUCAUCUGCAAAACUGAUAGCACGCUUGUCUGCUUGAUUGAUGGAUUAGUAGCCAUCGAUCAAACAAAUAUAUCACGGAUAUUUGUAAUAAUUUGCUUAUUGAGCAAAAUGAGUGUUGGCCUAAAAUGUUCUCAUUUUAGGUCCAAUCUUUUUGCAAGCAACCGGUUAAUCAUCAGUUUAAAAAGCUUAGCUAUUUUCCACAUAUCAGCAAUAUCAAACCCCACAUGUCGGAUUUUUCCCUGUUGCCUUUACAGCAGUCAGAGAGAUCUCUUCAGUUUCCAUUCACUACAUGUAUCUAUACUGCAGAAAUUGCAUCUUGGCAAGUAAAGUUUAGUCAAUAUACCUAAUAUUUCUCUUUCAUUUCUGAUGGAGCCUUAUUAUAAGAGUAUGUAACUUGUGUCUAGAUAUUUUCUCUUGAUUGACUUUAUUAAAUGAAUUUAUUGAUGGCUUGUUGUAAGAAAUAUGAUUAAAAGUUGUUUUAAGUGAUUUUAGAAGGUGAAAUUAUCUCUGUAUAUUGGCAGAUACUUAAAAUCACUUAAAACAAGUGAUAAAUGACUAGAAAUAAGAAAUAAGCUUAUGGUGAUCUUGAAAUAAGUAAUACUGUAUUGACAAGGUUUAUGGUAAUUUCACUUGCCAAGGUACCAUUUUUAACAGAGUAGAAAUUUCAGCUUAGCAUUGCCUGAUGAGAGUGGCUGAAAAUCAGUGCACUAAACAUUUAAAAUUCAGGCUUUUUUCACGGCUGUCUGAUCUGGAGCCUAUGGAGCUCAAAAGCAAGCAUAGAAAACCAUUUUAAAGCCACAGACAGGACAGCCUGUGUUUCCCAUGGUCAUCCAUCUCAGUCUUGGUCAUUUUGAUUCAAUUUCCAGCACGGCAACAUUUAAGAUUUUGAACCUUUGAUGCAUAUGAACUGAGUAAGUUGACACUGGGCCUGUCACAAUUAUUAUAUAAUUGCCUAAUCAUAGUUAUUUAAGAUGGUCACAGCUGUUUAAGCCAACUGAAACUCAUGUCACUAAUGUUAGCUGGCUAGCUUGGUACUCACCAGUACUCACUGUCAUGGAGGCGUCCAUGGUUUUCCUGACUUUGUAGCUCAAACAAAAGUUGAAAAUUAUGUAAUUUCAAGCUCUGACUUCUCAAUUCAAAGGCAAGUGGAACACCACAUUAAAGCUACACUGUGUAGGUGUUGGGGAGAAGAACAUUUUGUAGCGUGGUUUGUGCUUCAGACCCCUUCCCUGAGUGGAUGAAUCUGAUGAUUGCAAGUGCGUUGAAAGAGUUCAAACAAAACCCGGUCAAAACUUGGUGAAUGUUGUGUCGAAGAUGAAAGUGAAUUAUCGACUGUUGUCAUAUCUUCAUCAGUAUUAUGUUGAUUUUGCAUUUGAGACCUAAACAUUGAGCCGAACCUUCUUAUCAAACAUGUGCGUGUGACGUUACAGUCUGAAAAACUCCUGCCAAAUCCAGCCCGACGCCUCUGACUUUUACAUGUUUAUUUCAGGCUUUACAGGCUGAAUCAAAGCAGCGCAUGCAGAACAUAUUUUGGUGUGUUUUUUCCCUGCAGACUCAGUAACGCUACUUUUUUCACUAGCUCCAUUAGCCACCUAAUGACUACCAUUGAAUGCAAAAUCCUGGAUUUAACCAUUUUAUUCUAGAGGUUAGCUACAUUAAACCCUUAGCUCCAGUGCAAAACUAUGAAAGCAAACUUUUACACCAAACAUGUCUUGGCUGAGUAAACAGGACAAUUGUGGAAAUUAGACUUUCUGCCAAACCGAUGCUUCGAUGUCACUGCUGUCAUGUAGUUGCUUUUGAAGUAAGCGGAUUUGCUUGUAAUUACAGAAAACAAAGUCUACAGAGAUUAUGGAUUUGGAAAUGGAUUGAUAUCCCCUGCCCUUGCUCCAAGGCAGAUGUUCGUACUGGUGUGAUGGUGCUACUGCUUGAGGACUGCAAAAUAGGGAUGCAGAACAAUCUUGCCAAUUCAUUAUUGAUAAUGAUGAUAAAUAAUUCCUUAGAAACACAAUAUUAAUAGCAAUAUUAUGUGCAAUAUUAGGUUCUGACAGAAGUUCAAUGUCAUGAUGUACUGAUAUGUGUAGUUGCACAGCCUGUGGCUGUCACCAGAACGCCUCUGUACCAUUGGCUACAUAAAGAAAUACUUUUAACUCCCCACAAAGCUUGUUUUACAUGUUACUUUCCUCCACAAGCAAUAAAAGUGAAAAAAAAAAUCUGCUGAUA